AUGUCUGAAUCAUCACAAACUACAAAGUCUGCUCGUUCUACUCGGUCAAAAGCAAAGAUCGAAUCGUCUCAGAUCAUCAAGGACGCCGUUCCUGUUACAACCAUACAUCCUAGCAAUCUCAAGCCUGUAACUACUGCUGAGAAGAAGGGAAAGAUGAAAACUGCUGAGAAAAAGAAGGAAACUAUCAAAGUAAGUGAUGUUAUCUCUCCCUCUGUUAAUAAAUAUGAGAAAGGAACCUCUACAAGGAAAAGAAGGGAUUAUAAGUCUAGGAUCCCUCUUUCUAUGUCUGAUUUGGUGUUUGAGUCCAAUGUCAACACAUCUGGGAAAACAUCUGAAACCAACGAAGGAGAACCUCAGAACCCUAAACCUGCGUCUGAAGUUGUUAAAACAACCACUGAUAACCCUAGUUCUGUGAAUUUGGGAUAUGAUGCUGCAAAGAAGGAUCUUAAUCCUAAAUCUGUUGAAACUGAAAUGGAGGACACCCCUACAGAAGUUGAAACAGAAAUUGCUGAUAAAUCACCAACAAUUGCUGAGAUGGUGACUAAAAAAUCAACCCAUGUUGUUACUGAAGAGGUUGUCAUGCCAGAUGUUGAGACAUCCUUGAAUGAGCAUGAAGAGGUUGAAACUGCUGACAAAGAUACUAUGAAGGAAGCUGCUGCUGAAAAAGAUGUUGAGACAACUGUCACAGCAUCUGAGUCUUCUGAUGAAGAAACUGCAACUGCUCAAGAGGAUACCUCUGAUGAUGAAGAGGAUACUCAGUCUGAAGAGAGCAACCAGUCUAUACCCAAAGAUGACAAGGAGAAGGAAGCUGAGAAGGCUGUGGAAGCUGAGAAGGAGAAAGUAGAAACUGUUGUUGAUGUUGACACUUAUGAAACCACCAAACCUACUGAAAGAUCAACUGGUGGUAUAACUAAAAGGCUGAGGAGCUGUACAGGCAAGAAAGAAGUUUUUGAAGAUAAAGUUAUUGAUAAACUACUUGAGAUCGACGUUGUCACAAGAAAGUUUUAA